GAUCAACCCACUGUCCCUGGCCCAGAUGGCUGGAGAGGUUGUUGCACAGUAUGCCGAUGCAAAUGAAGGUAUCAAAUUCAUGGAGAAGAUCGCUCCCAAAGUGGUAGACCAUCAGGAGGCAAAAGUUCUCUGCAAUGUUCUUAUUGCACAGAUGUACUUGACAAAACUAGAGGACCAGACACGCACAAAAAAGAUCCUGGAUGACACGGAAAAAAUGCUCGACGAGAUCGAAGGAGUCACACCGGUUCACGGAAAGUUUUACCUCUUGGCAUCAGAUCUUUACUGUCGAAGUGGUGCGCAUGCUGACUAUUACCGAGCAGCGUUGCGUUAUUUGGGCUGCACUGAGGUAGAUGACAUGGACGCAGAAACAAAGAGCAAGCAGGCUUUCUACCUGGGACUUGCGGCUCUUCUGGGAGAUGGCAUCUAUAACUUUGGUGAACUGCUGGCUCAUCCCAUCCUUGAGUCCCUUAAAAGUUCCCAGUCAGAAUGGUUGCUUGACCUGCUUCUGGCCUUCAACCAGGGCAAUAUCAGCAAGUUCGAGACGAUGAAGCCCCAGUGGAGCACCCAGCCUGAUCUUCUGAAUAAGGAGAACCAGUUGAGAGAAAAGAUACGCUUGUUAUGUCUCAUGGAGAUGACAUUCCAGCGCAAGGCAUGGGACCGCCAGUUGACCUUCACAGAGAUUGCACAGGAAACUGGUCUGCCAGAGAACCAGGUGGAGGUGAUGGUGAUGCGAGCGCUAUCUCUCGGUUUGGUAAAGGGGACUAUCGACCAGGUAGAUAACAAGGUCAACAUCACGUGGGUGCAGCCGAGAGUGCUCGAUAAGAAACAGCUGGAGACCAUGAUGGACAGACUGACUGACUGGUGCAAGGAUGUUAAUGGGAUGCAGAAUCUCCUGCAGGACCAAGCUAGUACUAUCCUCACUCUUUAAGUAAUGUGUGUUAAAGUGGUGAAAUAGUGUCUAAUAUUUUGUAAAAGCUGUUCUAUACAAGCCCUUUCCAUAUAGAGCAUUUAUACCCAGUUUCUAUGAUGAGUCUUUGAGGUGUACCACACACAAGAGUAAUUAUUAAAAUGUUUAGGAAAAAUCUACUUGCUUUGUAAACAUUGUUUAUUGUUUUUUUCCAGUAUUAUUUAUUUUUGCCUUUGUUUAAAAGGCAGUAUUUUCAGUUCAUGUUCAGAGGAUGGGAAUGGUAUAAAGAUUUGGUCAUAAUGGCUCUGCUAUAUCUACUCUGAAAGGGAUAGUAAAUGUGAGAGGUGUGAAUGCAAAAGCAAAACAUUCAUUUGUUGAAUAUUUUUUUUUGUGGAAUUAAAACAGUUUUCAUUGUCAUACUUAUAUUAAUUUUUCUAAUAGGAGCUUGGUAUGUCUGCAGCCUAUUUAUAAGAAAAUAUCCAAACAUGUGAUUUUCUUACAGAAAUAUAAUAAAAAACUUC